CCGGGCGGUGUGCCCUGCUCAAAGAUGGCCGCCGGCGGCUUCGGCUUGUGCGGAGGUGGGAGGUGAGGGGCGGCCGGGCCGGGCUGCGGGAAGAUGGCAGAGAGCGAGCGGCGGGCAGGCGCCUCUGAGGAGGUGGCUCCUCCCAUCCAGCAAUGCUUCAUGAUCCCCAAAAAGGAGAUAAACGUGGUUUCCGACAUGGCCAAGUGGAAGCGCUCUCAGGCGUACGCAGACUACAUGGGCUUCAUCCUCACCCUGAACGAAGGUGUCAGGGGCAAGAAGCUGACCUGUGAAUACAAAGUGUCAGAGCCCAUUGAAAAGCUGGUGGCUCUGCUGAACACCCUUGACAGAUGGAUUGAUGAAACCCCGCCAGUGGAUCAGCCUUCUCGCUUUGGGAACAAAGCCUUCAGGACCUGGUACGCCAAACUAGACCAGGAAGCAGAAAAGUUGGUGGCAACAGUGAUUCCCAAGCAUUUGGCUGAUGCUGCCCCAGAAGUGGCUGUGUACCUGAAGGAAUCCGUGGGGAACUCCACCCGCAUUGACUAUGGCACAGGGCACGAAGCUGCAUUUGCAGCCUUUCUCUGCUGCCUCUGCAAAAUUGGUGUGCUCAGAGUGGACGACCAGAUGGCCAUCGUCUUCAAAGUGUUUAACAGGUACCUGGAAGUGAUGCGAAAACUUCAGAAGACCUACAGGAUGGAACCUGCUGGCAGCCAGGGUGUGUGGGGCUUGGAUGACUUCCAGUUCCUGCCUUUCAUAUGGGGCAGUUCCCAGCUGAUAGACCAUCCAAGUCUGGAGCCUCGGCACUUCGUUGAUGAGAAGGUGGUAAACGAGAACCAUAAGGACUUCAUGUUCCUGGAGUGCAUCCUCUUCAUUACAGAGAUGAAGACGGGCCCCUUUGCCGAGCACUCCAACCAGCUCUGGAACAUCAGCGCCGUGCCCUCCUGGUCCAAGGUCAACCAGGGCCUCAUCCGCAUGUACAAGGCAGAGUGCCUGGAGAAGUUUCCUGUGAUCCAGCACUUUAAGUUCGGCAGCCUGCUCCCCAUCCAGCCUGUGACAUCCUAAGGAAGCCGCGGGAGGAGCCGGAGCAGCGGAGGCACAGUGUGGCACUCUUCCUCCUCCCCUCACCCCCUCCUCAUCGCCCUGCCCAUCCAUUCCUGCACAUCCUCAUCGGCAACCACAGAUCCAAAGCACUCGCUGGCCUUGCACGGGAGACAGGAUGGACCUGGAGCAGCUCCCCCUGCACGUCCUCACCACGGAGAUGUCUCGCCCGCGGCCAGGCCAGGGCCGUGUUUAUCCACAGCUGCCGUGUGUGGCUCCAGGCACGGGAACGGGUUUGGGUAGGGGCUGCUUUGCAGCAAAGGCCCUCUGCUUCCCUUCCCAGGAGGAAGGGGUGUGGAGGGGAGGAAGGCACGUGUGGGUGUGUUGGGCAGUGGUAACUGCGAUUUCCCUUUUGAAUUUCAUUGGAGUUUCCUGUUGCUGUUUGCUUUGGGAAACCACCGCACGGGGCGAGGUGUGAGCCUGUGCGUGUCUGUAGGCAGCCAGCUCUCCCUGCUCAGGAGGUCUGGAAUGGGUAAAGGGGGUUGUAAGGAAUGUCUGUGUGUUGUUGGAAGCCCAGGGUGCCAUCUCUCCCUUUUCUGGGUAAGGAAAGCCCCCUCCCUCUGUCUCUUCUGCAAGAUUCCCUUUCUUUCCCACUAGCACCUCUUAGGUGAAGCUGGGAACCUUCUGGGCUGUGGCUCUGGAGCCGGAGACAAGGUCCCUGGAGGGACCUGGCUCUGUGGGAACAGCUAUGCAAAGACACUGCUCAGGCUCCCUCUUAACGGGUACAAACCCUGACACGUUCACACACAUCCACGGCUGGGUCCAACCUGCCCUCUGCACUCCCCAUGCUUUGCUGCCCCAGGGCUGGGCUGGCCUCAGUGGCACAAGGUGACUGUGGUUGCUCCUGCUUGGUCAUAAACUGUAGUGACAGCCCCAUAGCAAAGGGAUUUCCCCAUGGAGCAGCAUGAUCCCAGCUCUUUGAGGGAGACAUCCCUGGAGCACAGGCAGCAUGAGAGGGCAGCAUGUGGCUUUACAUGCAUUUAUAUCCCCAUGCUGAAAACAAAAAGCAUAAAUAGCCCAGGGCAGCAGGUUAUACCUGGAGAAAGCUCUUUCCCUUUGUCAUUCCCUGGUGGUGUUGCUGUGCUGGACCUCGGGCAGAGGGACCAGACUUCCAGUGCCACUUCCACUUCCAGCAGCAUCUUGAAGGCAGGUGGUCUGGAUCACACCAGCAGCAUCACUGGAGGGCAGAAAUGGCUGGUGCUGUGUUUGAGAUGAGCUGUUGUAUCCACAGGUCUUGACCAAGGUGGUCCACAGCUUUGUAGCUGGAGAGGAGAUGCUUCUUCUUGGGCUUUCUGGGCUGGGUGUGGGGCAACAGGGCUCUGGUCUGGUGUUUGCUGAGGAUCAGGAGCAGCAGGGAUCCUUCUCUGGCACUCCUGCAGAUCAUGGAGGGGGCAGUGGGGCUGCUCAGUGCCAGGCUGCUCAGCUUUUGCUGCUGCUUUACUGCUGGGGAGGGGGAGAGAAACCUGCUUGUGAUUUUUUUUUUUUAAUUAUUAUUUUAUUUUUAUUUUUUCAUUAUUUUUACCAGAACCUACUCACUCCCUCUUGUAAAGGUUCUCACAGGCGCUCAGGGGAGGGAGAGCAAGAAAAGAGUCUAAAUUAGGAGGCAGUGAAGUGUCCACAGAGCUGAAGUAGAGCUUUCUGGCACUGCUGCUGUCCUGACUGCUCCUGGCUUGGCCCUGGGCAGGGGGUGGGGGACAAAGGGCUUUUGACCUGCCUGAAACAACUUAUAAACUUGUAUUUUAAAUGAAAAUGGAAGACUGGGAUUAAGUCUAUUUUACUUCUGAAUGAGAUGUGUUUUGUCUUGGCAUUCCAAAUGGAUCCACUCCUGGAAUGAUGGUGGAGACCCCUGUGCUUGCUGGGGCUUGAUGAGUCCAUCUCCAGCAGAGCAGCCCGUGCCUGGCAUGGAGACCCUCAGUGUCUCCACCCAUGUCCCCUCACAUUGCUGUGUGGCUUUUGGCAAGUGUCCCCAUGCUUUAAAUGGCUGUGUGGCUGUGCAGCAUCUGGCCAGCAAUGGCUGAACAAAAGCCUCUGGUCUCCCAAGUCUGCCCAAGGGUCGGGAAUGCAUCUCUCCUGGUCAUCUUAUGGAAAUGGGGCUUCCAUGCAAAAGGAUGGGUGGAAAUGCUGACAUCCGUGCAUGGGAGGGACAUCCAGAAUGUGGAAUACAGCACCAAAGAAUGGUGGAGAGAUGCUUCCUUCUCCUGCAGCUGCAGCCACUGCUCCCUGGGGAUGGUGUCCCUGGGCUUGGGACCUGCGGAGGAGGUGGGAGGAGGCUCGUGCAGAGCUGUGUUUGUUGCUUGCCUGAGUCUGCACAUUAGUCCUGCUGGGUAUUUUGGGACUUCAAGCAGCUAACUCUUAUUUGAGUCUUAUCAGCCCGCUUGGGAUGUGCCCCUGUCAUGUGGCAGCCACCUGCUUGCCUCCCUCUGACUCCCACAGCGUCCCUCACGGCUUCUUGGGGCUCCGCUCCUCUCCUGGCACAUCCACACGUGUGGCACCACCUAGGGCUGCUCCGUGUCCAAAGCAGCACUUCCCACCUCCUCCCGCACUGUAGUUUGAAUUAAAGUCUCUGUGUUUUGCACCAGUGACUGUGUUGGUCUCUCUCAGACUGGGGUUUGCUCCCACUUUGGGAGCAGAGCCAGUGAAGCCGAAGGCCGGAGCCCUCGGCACAAGGAAGAGGCACUUGCUGUGUUGGUGGUUGAUCUUUUGCUUGCACCAAAACGGACUCGUUAUUUACUGCAUGAUCAAGUGCAUCCAGUCUUUGUGUCCUUCCUGGGUGUCUCUCUGUUGUGUUGUAUGUUUUUAUUUAUUAACUUUUUUGCUGUGCCCACCCCCCUCCCGGCUGGGAUUUGGCAGGUAGGUGAUGUGUGAAUCCUGAUCCCAGGCCAGCAAAUACUUCUUGAAGAUCAGAGACUCUCAUGACCAAAGGAUGUUUGAGCCUUGUUUCUGAGGCAGGGUGAGAACUGGAACCUUUUUCUUCAGAUGUUUUUCGUGUCCUGCUGUAGGAGCUGACUCAGGACUUCCAGCAUCAGUUUAGUUCAGCAGCUUUGUUGGAUUUAUGUUAUACCUGGAUUAAAUUAAACCUGGACCUUC